CAAGAAAGGGUGGGAACCCCACGCGGCGCCGUUGUCAUGGAAACACGUAGCUCCCAGCGCCCAACUACAACUCCCAGCGGCCCGCGCGGUUUCCGGCCGGCAAGAUGGUGGCGCGCAGGAGGAAGCGUGCGGCGCGGGACGCCGAAGAGGGGAUUCCGAGCCCCCCGGGCUACUCAGCCGUUCCGAUCAAGUUCUCUGAAGAGCAGACGGCUUCCCAUUACCUGUACAUGAGAGAGCACAGAGUUCGAGACGGCGCCAAGUCUUCCUGGCCUCAGAAGAGGACGCUCUUUGUCCUCAAUGUGCCCCCUUACUGCACAGAGGAGUGCCUGGCCCGCCUCCUCUCCCCCUGUGGCCCCGUCCAGUCCGUAGAAUUGCAGGGGAAGCCCGAGCUCACCGAGAGCCCCAAGGAGCCGAAGUCGAAGUUUUUUCACCCCAAGCCUGUUCCGGGCUUCCAGGUGGCCUACGUGGUGUUCCAGAAGCCGAAAGGGGUGUCGGCUGCCUUAGCCCUGAAGGGCCCUUUGCUGGUCUCGACAGAGAGUCACCCCGUGAAGAGCGGCGUUCACAAGUGGAUCAGUGACUACACAGACUCCGUGCUGGACCCGGAGGCCCUGCGAGUGGAAGUGGACACAUUCAUGGAGGCGUACGACAGGAAGAUGGCCGAGGAGGAAGCGAAGGCCAAGGAGGAGGAAGGCGUCCCGGACGAGGAGGGCUGGGUGAAGGUGACGCGCCGUGGCCGGCGGCCCGUGCUGCCCCGGACGGAGGCAGCCAGCCUGCGGGUGCUGGAGAGGGAGAAGCGGAAGCGCGCCCGCAAGGAGCUGCUCAACUUCUACGCCUGGCAGCACCGGGAGACCAAGAUGGAGCAUCUAGCGCAGCUGCGCAAGAAGUUCGAGGAGGACAAGCAGAGGAUUGAGCUGAUGCGGGCCCAGCGCAAAUUCCGUCCCUACUGAGCCGCACGGACAGGGUGGUGGGGAUGGCCAGCGAGGACACGGAGGCCUGGAUGCUCCCAGACUGCCCAGGCCUGGGAGCUGCCAUGUCAAACGGCACCAAGAAUCAGCCCACAGGCGGCGGGUAAAGGACAGUGCCACCCUCAGCCCUUGUCUUCAGCAGCCCCAAGCCCGGAGCUGGUGAGCCUGCCUGGAGCUGGUGAGCCUGCCCAGCAUGAGGACUUGGCUCUCAGGAGCCACCGGCCCAGGAAGUGGUUCCUGCUGCUCCUGUCUCCUCCCAGUCUGUCUGGAUCUUCCGCUAAAAGCUAAGUGUCCGCUCUUACCCUCAGUGGCCAAGCCCCCGCAGCCGUGAAAGCCUCGAAGGCAGUGAGAGAGAAAAGAAUAAUUUAUUCAUCCAGGCGGGCACAGGAAAGGCACAAGAGCUGCUGGCUGCAGGCCGGGCGGCCUAUCCAGUCUUCUGCACUCCCAGCUCACUGCCAGUUUCCAGCCACAACACAGACCCCGAAUCCAGACACGAUCUCCCCUGUGAACUCACAAAUGUUGGAGACAGAAAUCGCACCCCACACCUCUGCUCUGCCAGCUCAUGUGGCUCAAGACCAGUGAGGCCUGGCCCCAUCGUGCCUGGCCUGGCUGGGGCCCCUGGAGCUGGGCGUCCGGUGGUGAGUGGUGAGCACAGGUCUCAGUGGCCCCGGGCCCAGGGCUACAGCUGGGCUGGGAUCCUGUUCCUGCUCUGUAAGAAGGAGCCAAUGAUACCGGCCACGUGAUCGGGUUGGUUCAUGUGGACGUAGUGGUUGCCUGGAACUUCCACAAACUGGAACCGCUGGGGAAGGAGGGGACAGGUGGUGAGUGGUGGCUCCAAGGGCCCCCCUGGUGGGGCUUUCCUGGGGUCUGCUGCCUCCCUGUGGUUGUUCAUGGCGUCCCUGGGUGAUUCAGGCCUGGCUCUAAGUUCAUGAGACAGGCCUCUGGGAGGGAAGUGUGCCAGCCCUGGGGGCCUGGGCAUGCUGAGCAGUGAGCUGGGGGAAGUAGGCGGAGCAAGUGGCGGUGCUGCUGCUCUGUCCGACCCGCCGGGAGGGAGCCGCCGGACAGGACGGGAGGGCACCGCCGAUGGCCACCCAGCCACACGGCUUCCCGUUUCCGGGGCCGGGUGCUCCCAGGGACAGUCAAGCACAAGUCCCAGCCCUCCUGCUUGGGGCCCACCCCCCCUGCAGCCAGCACCCAGCACCCAGUGAGGGGACUGGCCAUCUGUUCCCAUGUGGGACCCUAGGAAACGGAUGGCCGCUGGCUGAGUCGGGCCUGGCCCCCGGGUGUGAGGACAAUAAAGUCGGGAGAGUCUGCCAAUGAA